ACCAGCAACGCGGAUCCCGACGCGCCAGCAAGAGCAAAGGGAUCGUUCUACGACAUUCUCGCGAAGCGCCUUUCAGAAAUCACGGCCACUACUGUACCGCUCGACUCGGAGUAGUGCUCUUCCACCCUGGCCACCCUCUUCACCAUGUAUCACGACACCGACACGGACCUCGUCCGUGCAUGGCAGCUGCUUCACGAACUGAGCGAGCAGAACGCACACAACUUCAAGCUUUCCAACACUCUCCGGACACAGGCCGGCACGCUGAAGGAUGAAGCUGUCCACGUAUCAAGCGGGGUCUCCCUCAGGCGGUUCAACGUCGAUCUCUCGAAAGAGGUCUUCGAGUCUGAAUUGGAGCGGACGAACGCGCAUAUCGUUAUUGAGAACCACUCGCUGCUGCAUGAGAACCGGCAGCUCAGCGUGCUCCUAAAAGAGUAUGAGCAGACCAUGGAGACUAUCAUGUCCAAAUUCCGAAGCCACGCCAUGGCCUCACAAAGGCAUGAGCUCACACUCGCACAACAUUACGAGAGUCUCAUCAUGGCGCGCGAAACGUCCCUCAUGCAGGCGGAUCUGUCCAACAACACCGCCGUCUCCGAAUCCCUCACCCAGCUCGCACGAAACCUCCGCGCCCUCCUCCGGAGUCUCAACGGCGAAGACCCAGAGUCAUCCGACCAACCCAAUGACCAGGAGCAAGGCUCAUCAUCAGAAAGUGCGCCCCACGAGGACGAACUCCUCGACAGCCUGCUCGGGCGGGAGGACUGGGCCCUCGAGCGCGAGGCAGAGAUCGCGCGGCUAGGCCAAGAGAACGAGGAACUACGGAAGCUCCUCGGGAUCGAUCGCGCGGCGGCUGAAGCGAACGGCUGGCUCGCAGACGAGGCACGCGAACUCGCGGUGCUCGACAGGCGGCAUUCUCCCUUCAUGCUGCAGCGAUCGGAGAGCCCAGGCGGGAUGGGCUCCCACCCGAUGCCACCCCUAGGCGGGGCGGGCGGUGGGAGCGUGCUGCUGUCUAGUAACGGCCAGGGUGGGUCGCAGUUCCAACAGCCGGGUACUAUGCGGGGAACCUUCAAUCGGCGACCUCCAAUGUUCGGUCAACGGGGCAGGGGCGGUAGCCCGCAGAUGUGGGACUCAGCGGGACCUUCGCCUGAGCGAGCAACACCUUGGUUCCUCAGACCUGAUUCGGAGGCGGCUCGUUGACUCGCACGUAUACCUACUUCGUUUGUCUUUCAUACCGCCUAUCGUGAUAUCCCGCCCUUGCGAAUUCAGAGUUUGUGGGCAGCAGGCUCCUCAGCGCCAUGCAGAACAAACACAUAUUCAGACCAC